AUGGCGGUGCUACCGGAAAUUCCACUGACCGCGGACAUCAAGAUCGAGGACCUGAAGUGGCUGAUCGGAAAGGGAAAUGCCCUUCCGCCUGCGGCCAAGGGCGUAGUAUGCGACAUCGAUGUGGGUAACGCGAAACCGAUCGCUCAACGCAAGCUAGCGGAUUUGAUCCGAGGCCUGCCCAGCACCCGUAUGGUCCGUGCUUCAAAGUCUCCAUGGGCAUCCCCCAUCGUUAUCAUCGUAAAGAAGAACGGGGUAGAUAUCCGGCCCUGCGUCGACUAUAGACUUGUCAACAGCCUGACGCAGUUGAUGAUCUACACCAUGCCGUUGGUCACAGACCUGCUUGAAGACCUGGACAAGUACAGGUGGUACUGCUCGUUGGACAUGGCCAGCGGUUUCUGGGUGGUCCCAAUGACAGACCGUGCUAGCCUUCAUCACGCCGUUCGGCCUGUUCGAAUGGCUACACAUGCCCUCCGUACUGUGCAACGCGCCGCAGAUAUAUCAACGGCUCAUAUACAACGCGUUCUGUCGCCCACCGGCGACACCCCCGAUGUCUUCAACGACGGAGAUCCAGUGAAGGCCGGAACGAGCUCGGUGUUAGGUCGACAACCAUACAUCGACGACAUACCGAUCGGGGGUACGACGUGGGACGACCUGUGUGCAAAGGUUGAACGUCUGCUAGAGCGUCGAGAAGAGCGAGUGGGGUAUGUCACGAGUGGCGUACCUGGGCCACGAGGUAUCGGAGCUUGGACUCGGGGCGAAGCCAAAAAACUUGAAUCCUUGAUGACGCUAGAGUUCCCACGAACAUUGAAGGGUCUGCAAUCGUUUUUGGGGAGCUUGAACUACUACCACAGGUUCAUCCUCGAGUUCGCGAUCUAUGCAACGAAGCUAUACUCGCUCUCGGAACGCGAUUUUGGCGAAUACGUCACGUACCCAAAAGCCGGCAACCAGGAAAAGUAUGUCCACGCCAAACGCGCGUUCGAAGCACUCCGAGCGAAUAUCGCGACGACCUCGAUGCUGAAGCAUUUCGAUGCGGAAAAGCAGCCCGUCCUGAUAUUGUACGCGAGUGACUGGGCCAUCUCGGCCGUACUUGCACAAGAACACGACGGCGUGUACAUGCCGGUGAAGUUCACGAGUCAAACGCUGAAGCCCAACGAGUUGAACUACAACAUCACCGAGAAGGAGAUCCUGGCGCUAUUGCGAGGUUUGAACGACGGUCAUACCAUGCUGGUCGGGAAAACCAUACGCGUGCUUACGCGACACACGACAUUGGGAUGGCUGUUCCGGGCCAAGUGUUUGCAGGGACGGUUGUCACAAUGGGCGGCGAUCCUCUCAUCAUGGAGGUUGGAGGUUCAGCGAUCCACGAGAGGGGAAGAGGAACUCCUCGGAACCUUGGUCGCGAGCAUCACGCCGCGCACACAUGUCGAUACAACCCUGGAAGAGAUCGCCCCCCGGACACGUGUGCCACGGACGGCCACAAUCCCCGUACUGAAGAUCGGAGCGGCAGAGAGGCUUUAUGUCGAACUGCCGAAACGGGACGUAGUACGCGCGGUUUCGGGGUCCGCGGAGGGCCUCACGGUCAACAAGGCGGAGUACCAAGGUAUACUGCUCGCUUAUUCGCUCCUCGACGGUCUGGAAGCAACGCACCUAGUAGCUGUGAGACGCUAA